AUGCCGCUGCAGGUCUCCGUGCACCAGCUCUACCAGCGUCUUGAGACCAUUGGAAAGGGCGCAUAUGGCUCGGUGCACAAAGGGCGGGACCUGCGCACCGGCGAAGUCGUCGCACUCAAGAUUAUCGACCUCGACACAGAAGACGACGAUGUAGGCGACAUCCAGCGCGAAGUCGCGCUCCUCGCCCAACUUCGGGACGCCCCCAAUGUCACCAAGUACUUUGGAUGCCACAUGGAUGGCCCACGCGUCUGGAUCGUCAUGGAGCUCGCGCAAGGCGGGAGUGUGCGCACUCUCAUGAAGGCCUGCAAGGACGGCGUGGUGGAGGAAAAGUACGUGUCCGUCAUCACGCGCGAGGUCUUGAACGGCCUCAGCUACCUGCACAAAUCCGCCAUCAUCCACCGCGACCUCAAGGCAGCGAAUGUUCUCAUUACCUCUGCUGGCAAGGUCAUGAUAUGCGACUUUGGUGUCUCUGCCCUGUUGGUCACCGCUUCAAGCAAACGAAACACCCUCGUCGGAACGCCCCACUGGAUGGCUCCCGAGGUCGCACACGCAUCGUCAUACGACACCAAGGCCGACAUUUGGAGUAUGGGGAUCAUGAUCUACGAAAUGAUCAAAGGCACCGCGCCGAACUCGCAUAUCGUAGACCAGGCGAAACUCAUCCAACUGAUUCCUCGCAUGAAGCCUCCGCGGCUUAACGAAGGCGAAGGUACUAAGGAACUCAGGGACUUUGUCGCUGCUUGUCUCAUCUUGUCACCCAGCGAACGUCUCAGCGCGGACGAGCUCCUGAAGACCAAGUGGAUUCUCAACGUCCGUAAAGUCUCUGUGGCAACUUUGAAAGACCUCAUCCUUCGCUACGACGCAUGGGUCAAGGGCGGUGGGACACGCCAAAGUAUGGCCGGGCCUCUACCUUGGGAAGAACAAGAAGAACAGGAUAGAGACGACAGUUCUGAUUUCAUGACCGAUGAUAACCCUUGGGAGUUUGACACCUUCAGAAGGGCGUCGAGGAGCAAUCGGGACAAUCUCGAACCCGAAAACCCACUCCUGGCUCUACUGGAGGAGCAAGCCGCCGGCGAGCAGUCUACUGUUAGACCUCCUCCCAUCUCGAACGUCCCGCCAACUCUGCGAAGUCUCUUCGAUUACGGCGACCUUCCUGCUCCUGAGCCAUUCCGCCUGCCAGCCAUCGAGAUGCCUGAGGAACUUCUGGGCAACCCGUCCCUCAACACUCCCUUGCGAGGCCGCAGCCCCAGUAGAGGGUUGGUUACCCCGGAGCCUACUCUCGAAGACCCACACACGGCCAAGCAGUCAAGCUUUGCGUUCCCUCCGCCCUCUUCCACGCCACGUUCAAAGCCUGCAAUUACGCUCGACGACAACGAGCCUCUCUCAUCACCAACUGAACGCAAGCGUGAACGGCUACCUCCUUUGGGUCCGGGUAUACCUCGAGUGUUGACCCCUACACCAUCUUCCUUGGACCCGGAGCUCAAGUCCGGUCCUCGCGGCCGGUCCGCAUCAACAUACCGAGACGUGAGGUCCAGUCGUGGAGUACCAGACAUCGAAAUUCCUUUACAUUCGCCUCUUUCAACAUCCACAGACAGCCCUCCUCCUCCCAUUAUCCUCUCCGCUUCAUCACCGGAACGUACAAGCACCCCUAAUAAGCCUGUGGUGUCCCGAAAGCGCUCCCAAAGUGGCGCACCAGGCCUAUCGUCACCUUCUUCAGCAUCUUCCCCGUCAACUUUCACUUCGCGCCGCGCCAAUGGUCUUGCCACACCUGAUUUCCGUUUCCCUCCGAGCCCUCUGGGCGGCGGUACCAAGAGCGACCUGGAGGGAUCUGGCCCUCUUCCUACCAUCCGAACGCCUCAUGGUCACGAUCGAAUAUCUCCGACACAUUCAAGCGUGUCCACAAUUUCGACAGUCUCCUCGAGUUCUGGGAGCAUUCAUCAGACAUCGCAGUCAUUAGACGCCUCUAUUAUUCCUAAACGCCUGGCGUCACCUGGGGGUUCACUGGCAACUCCUCCACCUGUGCUACGAACGCGGUCUGCCACUGCAACGACUGAGCAUAACCCACUGAGCAAUGCACAGGCUUCCUUAAUGAAUAUCCGAACUCCGCAACGGCGUCCAAGCCUCCAGCGUUUAGUCUCGGCGCCCCCGUUUGAAAUGCCCGUCAGGCCGUUUGCGAAGGGCGAACGAAGUAAUAGUCCUGCCGAGUCCUCGUUCGGCACAUCUUCAGGUAUCCCGUUGCCCGGUCUGCGAGAUGUUCUCAAGAUACCUACACUCAGCUCCGAACACAAGCUUGGCAUGUCCGACCUCCUUCCACCUUCACCCGCACCCAUCGCCAUCCCUCCUCGAUCCACGAAAUCUCCCUAUGGCCUGCCCCAGCCAAACUCGCAGGCUUCGUCGUCUACGACUUCACUAAACUCAUUGUCCUCCCACCCUAACCUCUCUUCCACCGACCUCCGUCUCUUCUCCGACACGUCCUUCACUUCUCACGCUCAUUCCCUUUCCCUCGGAGGUACACUACCUCCGUUCGAUGCCCUUGUGGGUCCGGCGAUCCGUCCCCUCGACCUUGGUCCUCUCAUGCAUUCGCACGAGGCAACACAUGCUGAGCUGACAAGGACAGUGGAUGAGCUCCAGCAAUGGAUGUCUGUCGUGGAGGCAGGACUCACACACAUGCUCGAUCGAACAUCGCAGGAUAUCAUCGAGGAGGAAACUGAGGACGUAGUUGUCUACGAUCGCCAUCUCCGCGACGACUCGUUGUCCUUCGCUGACGAGGGAACAACCACCACUACCAGCAUGUUUUCGAUGCCGCUCUCCUUCGACUAG